CCCGGCUCCCGACAACCCGCACGAAUUCACACGUGUCGUUGCCGCUUCAGUCAGCACGUUUUGUUUAGAGAUCCAUAAAGCCAUCCAUUGUGGCGGCAAGGAGAAGCUGAAGGAUGUCUUUCGAGAAAGAAGACUCGAACAGACGGAACUGGUGACGUCGCAUUUUCUCUUAAGGCUAUUGAAUACGACUCAUUGAUUUCUAUGUUGACCAGUCAAAUUUCUCACUUGUGGUCCUUCUCUGGAUUGGGAGAAAUGGAGGCAAGAAAUGAUAAUUGCUCUACUCGUGGGCUCUAAUUCGGAAUGGCAUUUGCGACAUCGUGCAAGCGUGUGUGAGUCAGUGCGAUACAAGACUAGCAAAGAAGGUGGGCGGCUGGUUCUUCGGUUUGGGGGUCGAGGAAGUCUUUGUGGAGACCGCGACGAGCCAGGUUGUGCGCAAAAUGCUAUUCCAGGUGAUCCCUCAGAUUCUUUCCGUCACCGUGGAAUCUGUCGCGACUAUUAACAGUGAUGUGGGUAUCAUCAGCAAAAGGCGUGCACUGAAUGUUCUGCCGUAUUACUUUAAUGCGACGCGGGAAGCGAUAAGAAGACAAAUGAGGGUGAUUUUGAACACAAUCUUUGCGAAAUUUCCACAGCUUUUUGUGGAGUCAGUGUUGUCCAUCUGCAGGGGAUUGUUUCCUCCGAGAAACGUUCCCCUGGUGGGUGGAACAAGUGGAGUCAAUGGAGCUACGACAUCAACAGCUGGCAACGGCAUGAUGAGGAGUUAUCCGUCUGCGUCAUCUUGUGUCCGAGGCAGCAGUGGUUUUGGCAGCACUAAAUCUCCCGACGAGCAGUCAGGUCCACCCCAGAGGACCACGAGAAGUGCUCUUGACCACAGUCGAUCUGGCGCAGAUCUGGACGGACAUCAGAAAAGCAGCGACACCAACUUCUCUGCAGCCAAGCAUGAGCCUAGUUUGGUGUUUCAAUCUCUUUUAGAGACCCUUGCGACUCUUGAACAAGCGGGACCCGAGAUCGUGUUUCGAUGCAUAGCACUUUCGUUCGAGGUAGAGUUAGGCGCUAGAAGUGCGAAG